AUGGCAAGUGGCGUAAUAUCAGAUGAGCAUAUGUUAGAAGUUGUGAGAUUCCCUUUGACUAAAUUGAGAGUUUCUGAAAGUAUUGAAUAUAAUCAGGAUCUCGAAGGAUUUUUAUCACGUCAAGAAUUUUUUGAAAAAAUUCAAAUAUUUAAUUCAAUCUCCCUCAAAUUAUCAAUAAAUAGAAUGAUCGUACAAAUACCUCUUGUAUUCGUCAUAACAACAUUUGUAUUAAGUGUUGUGGCGGUGAAAACUUUAGGUCCUUUCGCUGAUGAACAACGAAUUAUCAUAGGGAUCGUGAUAGUUAUAUUUUUAAUAUCGGUUAUGUUUAUAUUUUUCAUUAUUCAUCAGAAAAGAAAACACAUCAAUUCUCUAUCAAAAUUAAUACGAGAAUUCAAUAAAGAAGAUAAUAAGCGUAAUGUUAAUUGGAAAUUGUAUAAAGAAUUGCAAAGCCGAUUCCCCCCUGCAUAUCAAGUAGAGAGUGCUCACGUCGUUGUUCAUGAUAAUAUAAACGCUGUGCGUAACAUAGAAGAUUCUCCACCAUACGAAGAAUUUUCAUCAUUUCCUAGUUGCAGUCGUUCUAACGCUAUUUCAUUACCUCCUCCUAUUCUAACUGCACGUAGAAUUGAUCGCCUGAAUGAACUGAAGCAAAUUCUUUUAUCUGAACACCCAAAAUUAAAAAUUUAUACUCGUCAGUUGGACGUACGCGAUAAAUCUACAGUUGAUCAAUUGGUUUCAAGUUUACCUAGUGAUCUAAAGGAUAUUGAUGUUUUGGUUAAUAAUGCUGGACUAGUUAAAGGAAUGGAUAAAAUUGGGGAUGUCUCUUCCGAUGAUAUUGACACUAUGAUUGAUACAAAUGUUAAAGGAUUAUUAUAUGUAACUCAGGCUGUACUUCCGAGAAUGAAGGAGCGUCAAAAAGGCCAUAUAAUUAAUAUUGGUUCCAUAUCAGGAAAACAAGUUUAUGCUAAUGCUGGUGUAUAUUGCGCAUCAAAACAUGCUGUCAACGCAAUUUCAAGGACAUUGCUUUAUGAAUUGGUGGAUACGCCCAUCAGGAUCACAGAGAUAAAUCCUGGCAUGGUAGAAACAGAAUUCUCUAUCGUUAGAUUCGGUGGAGAUAAAUCGAGAGCUGACAAGGUUUAUGAAGGCGUGACACCAUUGACUGGUGAAGAUAUUGCCGAAACUGUGGUAUUUGUAGCAUCUAGACCCGACCAUGUUAACAUUUCAGAUGUCACUAUGUAUCCUGUUAAUCAGGCAUCCGUUCACACUGUGCAUAGACCAAAUGCUAAAAAAUAA